CUCCUUUCUCCACCUCCUCUUCUCACGGGGACUUCACUCCAGGCAGACGCCGCCGGAGGUUCCAGCUGUCGCCCGGCCAGAUCCGGCACCUCAGGAGCGCGCCCGGCGAGGCAGCCCAGCUGGCAGAGAAGGGAGGCCGGGAGGAAGAGGAGGGCACCGGACGAGGGGCGCCGAGGAGACGAAGCUCCGGAGAACCAGAGACCCGUCCGACCCUGGGCAGAUGCCUUCCGGCUGAAUUCCUCCACCUUUCGUCACCGGCGCCUCGGGGCAUCUGGAAAGCGGAGGGUGGCGGUGAGGAGAGGGGAUUAUACUGGGACGUUUCUGACGGAGGAGGAGGAGGAGGAGGAGGAUCCGCCGAGGGAGCCGUCGUUUGGGGAAGGGGACGGCUUCCGGAGCCUGCUUUCCACCCUUCGUGGUCUGUUUACAGGACUUUCGGAAGAGGAAGACUCGGGGAGCAUGGGGAGACUCCUUGGUACUUUGGGUUCUACGAGAUGAGAUGAGGGACCAGGCCAGGAACUGGACGUGGAGGCCAGAAGACUCUGAAGCAUCCACAACUUUGGCGAAGACUUCUCAAGAGCCGGAGAACUCCGUUCACUGCUGCUAGCUGCCCAACUCAGGAAUAACCACUAAGUUAUUUCUUCCACGCACCUGAGCUUGUCUUGAUUCUUGGAGGAGCAGACCCUCCUCCUGGUUUUCGAGCCCAGCCAUGGCCUUCUCCCAGGUCCAGUGCCUGGACGACAGUCACGUCAACUGGAGGUCCAGUGAAUCCAAGCCCGAAUUCUUCUACAGCGAGGAGCAGAGGCUGGCCUUGGAAGCUCUGGUAGCCAAAGGGCCGGACGCCUUCUACGAAGUUCUCAAGAAGGAGAACAUCCGAGACUUCCUGUCCGAGCUGGAGCUCAAAAAAGUCCUGGAGACCUUGGAAACCUACGACCCGGGUGCGGACUUUCCCCUUAAGGAGAGGAGUGGCUGCGUGGACAGUGGCAGCCAGAGCGAUGGCCAAGGCCCCGGGCCUUCUUUGGAAUACUGGCCGGAAAGAUCAGACCGAUCCAUCCCGCAACUGGACCUUGGCUGGCCAGAGGCCAUUGCGUACCGUGGGGUGACCCGGGCGGCCGUCUACAUGCAGCCACCCAUUGACUGCCAGCCCCACAUUAAAGAGGUCGUGCGCAAGAUGAUCUUCCAGGCUCAGAAGGUGAUCGCGGUGGUCAUGGACAUGUUCACGGACGUUGACAUCUUCAAGGACCUCCUGGACAUUGGCUUCAAGCGGAAAGUGGCCGUCUACAUCAUCAUAGACGAAUCUAACCUGAAAUAUUUUCUCCAGAUGUGCGAGCGAGCCCAGAUGCACGCCGGCCACCUGAAGCACCUCCGCGUCGGCACGAUUGGGGGCACCGAGUUUUUCACCCGCUCCGCCAUGACAUUCAAGGGGGCCUUGGCUCAGAAGUUCAUGUUUGUGGAUGGGGACAAAGCCAUGUGUGGCUCCUACAGCUUCACCUGGUCAGCCGCGAGGACCGAUCGGAACGUCAUUUCCGUCCUUUCGGGCCAGGUGGUGGAGGCCUUUGACAAGCAGUUCCAGGAGCUGUACCUCAUGUCCCGGAGCGUCAGCCUCAAGUCCAUCCCCAUGGGGGAGGAACCGGAACCUGAGCCAGUCAUCCUACCUUCGGUCGUCUCGCUGACCCCGACCAACUCCACGGUGAAGAAACUGGUCAAUCCGAAGUACGCGUUGGUCAAGGCCAAAAGCACCGAGCAGGUGGUCAGCGGCAAAGCCAGCAGUGACAAAGUCCUCACUGAACCACAGGCAGAAGUCCAGAGCAAGGUCGUCCCUGAAGACCGUGUGUCUGAGAGGCCCAGCAACCUCAUGGAGAAGGUGCCACCCAUCCACCCAGGUCUCCUCAACCUGGAGAAGGCCAACAUGUUUGACUACCUGCCCACCUGGGUGGAGCCCGACCCAGAACCCGGAAGCGAAGUUCUGGGCUACAUCAACAUCAUUGACCCCAAGGUGAAGAACAUCCAGCUUUCUCAAAUCAACCGCAUCAAGGUGUGUGAUGUCUCCAAGGCCAACGCCCAACACAAGCAGCUCCUCAAGCAACAAAAGGUCCUCGAGGCCAAGAACAGAGCCGGUCAAGAAGGGGCCAAGAACAAACCUUCUCAGACUCCCCCACCCCUGGUGGAAUCCGCCCCGUCUCCAGCCCGUCCCCAGGAACCUCUCCCCAAACCCUUGGCCACCAGCCCCACGGAAAAGGCUCCCAGGCACCUGGUCAACGGGGAGACAAUCGCCACUCUGGCCAACAACAAGCACUUGAAGCAAAUGCUGGACCCCCAAGCAGAGAGCGGAAGCGCCGCUGCCCCAGUGCCCAAACCCAGGAGAGCCCAUGCGAAGGACCCCGUCCCCAAGAAAACAGGACACGCGGAGGAGAGGAUGGUGACGGCCGGAGACCCCGUUGUGCACCAGCCAGGGACCAAGGCCACAAACCCAUCCCCCAAAGAAGGGACCCCGCAGGUUGCCAACGCAGGGAACCAUCUCAAGGUGAGCAUGGAAAGCGCUGGGACUGAGGAAGGAAACGCCCUUUUCCCCGUAAACGGGGUGCAGAGUGGUGAGGGGGAGGCGGAAGAGGAAGAGGAGGAAGACUACGUGACCCUCAGUGACCACGGAAGCCUCUCCAACAGCUCCCCUGCCCAUAGCUGCCACCUCUCCAGCGCAUCCAACCACUUGGACGGACACGGGGGGGCGGGCCAGAAGUGCCCCCUGAGGAGGACCAACUCCGACUUCCUUCUCAACGGAGAGAGGCCCGGCCUUCACCACUUGCAGCGGAAACUGAGUGAGCCUUACAUCAGCCGGGGGACCUUUGUAAGCCCCCUGGGGAGCCCCCCACCAAGGCUUUCUCCGCCUCUGGAGGAAGCUGCUGAAAGGAGGAGGCAGAAAAGUGACAGCCUGGAGGAGACGAGGUGCGUUUGGGGAAGGGGCCAUCCCCCGCAUGCUUUACCUGCUGGCUACAUUACCUGUACGAGCGAGGCUCCACAGGGCCCCCAACUGUUCUGCUAUGGAUCCCGGGUGCGAGUGUCAGCAGAACGAGGCAAAAGCCAUCCCCAGCAGCAGAAAAGCUCUGAGGAGGGCAAACGGCCACAGGACAGAACUGGGGCCAAGAAAGUUGCCCCAACCUCAGGCAACCCCUUGUUCUGGCAAAGGAAGAACUUCACCUUGGCUAAGAAUGCCCAGCCCAGCCCCGUCACCCACCGAGGGGGCACAAGCGCCCCAAGAGCCCCUGGUCAGUCCCUGACCCCACUCCCCGAAAGCCAGAAGUCACCAAAAGAAACAAGGACUCCGCUGGGCAUCCCUCUGUCCAAGCUCUCCCAGUCGAAGCACCUGAAGACCAAGGUCUCCCAACUGGAGCCCAAACAGAAGCCAGCUGGGACCUCCCACCCCAAGGACCAGUAAGGCCGGUGGAGGCACCCGCGUGACUAGUGGGGGCUGGGCUGCUUUGCAAUUACCUGGUCGGU